AUGUCUGCUAAAACUCAAUUCAACAAUUCCACAUCUGAAAAUAGCAAUUGUCGUGUUUUAGUAACAGGUGCAUCUGGUUACCUUGCUAUGCACUGCAUUCAGCAACUACUGCAACGUGGUUAUAAAGUACGUGGAACACUUCGAGAUUUAAACUGUCCUGAAAAGGUUAAUCCAUUACGACAAUUAGCAAAUGGUGAUCAACUGGAACUUUAUCAUAUUACUCUCGAAGAUGGUGCAGAUCUGUGGCAAAAAGCAAUGAUUGAUUGUACAUAUGUGUUACACAUUGCAAGUCCAUGUGAAGUGAUAACAGAUGAAGCAAUUAUUGAAAUAGCAGUUUAUGGUACUUUAAAUGUUCUUCGUGGUGCAUCACAACAACACUGUGUACGGAAAAUUGUACUUACUAGUUCAUCUGGCGCAAUUAAUUUUAAUUGGAAACACUUACAUCCUUAUCACAAAAGUAAAACAUUAGCUGAGAAAGCAGCUUGGAGUUUUAUGGAAAAAAAUCCAGAUGUAUCAUUUUCAUUAACAGUUUUAAAUCCUUCUUUAAUUGUUGGACCAUCAUUACAAAAUGCUAAAGGGUCAAGCAUUAUGAUUAUAAGUCGUUUCAUGGAUGGUUCAAUGCUAGCUUAUCCAUUAAUGAAAUUUGGUUUAAUUGAUGUUCGCGAUGCGGCUCGAGCGCAUAUUUUAGCAAUGAAAGAAACAAAAUGUAAUGGACAACGAAUUCUUAUCACCGCUGAAACAUUAUCUUUUCAACAAAUUGCUAAUAUUUUACGAGAAGAAUUUGCUGAUAAAGGUUAUCGUAUUCCACGUUUUAAAGCACCCUAUGUAGCUCUGUGGUUUUAUUCUUUAAUAGAUAAGGUAGCAUUGCAAGCUUUAUCAUUAUAUGGACAUGAAGAUAAUUUUGAUAAUUCUAAAGCAUCUCAAUUAUUAGGUAUGUCAUAUCAAAAUGUGAGAAAGUCACUGUUAGAAAUGGCUUAUGAUAUGAUUGAACGAAAUAUUUUACCAAGAAUGAAGAAUGUGGAAGAGAGAAAGCGGCUAAUUUAA